UAUCACACGACACAAAAUGGCAGUCAACAGUUCUCUUGUUAUGCGGAUUGUGUCCGCCUCUGUGGCUGUAUCUAAUCGUGCCAGCCAAAUUAUCAGGGAUGUCAUGAAAAAGGGAGAUUUAGGAAUAAUUGAAAAGGGCAAGAACGACUUCCAGACAGAAGCUGAUAGGUCAGCUCAGAGAUGUAUUGUGGCCUCGCUCCACAAGCAGUUCCCCAAAGUGUCCAUAUAUGGAGAAGAGGAUGAGACCUCUGUAUCCAAUACAACCAGACUACAUAGAUCUAGACCACACUUUGCUUCCCCCACAAUCUCUAAGCUUCUCUCACCAAAACAGAACAUCCUAACGGAUCUAGGACCAGAAAAGAUUCCAGCAGAUCUCAUUGAGCUUGGAUUUACUGAGGAGGUGCUGAAACAUAAAUGUCCAAAAUUCCUAGAAGAUGUUACAGAUGAUCAGGUUGUGAUAUGGGUAGAUCCUCUGGAUGGAACAGCUGAGUACACUCAAGGUUUUCUGGACCAUGUGACUGUACUGAUUGGCAUCGCUGUUAAGGGGCAUGCUGUGGGCGGAGUAAUAAAUCAACCGUUUUAUAACUACCAGGACAAAGACAAGGAGAUGGGUCGAUGUAUCUGGGGAGUGUGUGAAGUAGGAGCCUUUGGGUUUACCAGGGAGGUACUGCCUGAGAAACAGUUGAUUUUGACAACAUCUAGAUCUCACUCCAACAGAAUGGUGACAGAGACAAUUGAGGCUUUCGAACCAACAGAAGUUAUCAGAGUGGGCGGGGCUGGUCAUAAGGUACUGCUGUUGAUAGAAGGUAAGGUCCACGCAUAUAUAUUUGCAACUCCAGGUUGUAAGAAAUGGGACACAUGUGCCCCAGAAGCUAUCCUGCACGCUGUUGGGGGUACACUAACAGACAUGUUUGGUAUUACAAUGUCAUAUGGACCAAAAGUUAAACGUUUGAAUGCCGGCGGGGUGCUGGCCACAACGUCCAACCAUAAGUUCUUUGUAAGCAAGGUUCCGGAACAUGUCCUAGAGAAUUUGGAGAAAAGCGAAUCUCCAGAGCCCUUACCUGAUGGUGUAUGUCUAAGGGGGGAUAACAAGAGCUGCAGUGGAGAAGAGAGAGAAGAACAGACAGUACAGCAGGAGGAAGAAGAGCAAGAACAGCAAGUAGAGGAGCCAAGUAGUAGUCCAGAAGGAAACAAAUCUCCGUCCAGUGAUACUGGGUCGGUUCAGGACACCAAAUUGUAGUUAGCUAUAGAUAAAUCAGAGAUAUAAUCUUACAUAACUUACAAAAUAGCUGUGAUCAAUUCUUACCUUGUUCUCGCAGUAGUAUUUGUACCUGGCUUCACAGUGAUACUGGGUCUGUUCAGGACACCAAAUUGUAGUUAGCUAUAGAUAAAUCAGAGAUACAAUCUUACAUAACUUACAAAAUAGCUGUGAUCAAUUCUUACCCUGUUCUCGCAGUAGUAUUUGUACCUGGCUUCACAGUGAUACUGGGUCAGUUCAGGACACCAAACUGUAGUUAGCUAUAGAUAAAUCAGAGAUACAAUCUUAUAUAACCUACAAAAUAGCUGUGAUCAAUUCUUACCCUGUUCUCGCAGUAGUAUUUGUACCUGGCUU